AUGGGUGUUGCGGCGUCUCCGUCGCGUGGGAGCUGGGUGUCUCUGUUGCGUGGGUGCUGCGGAGUCUCCGUCGUGUUGUUGCGUGUGUUGUUACUUUUUUGUUGUUCUCUUGACCUCUGCUCCGCGGACGAUGAAUUUGUUGGAGCCACUGAUAAUGUCUUCACUGUUUCCAGCUUCAGCUACCCUCAGACUACUCUCAGACCCUUUGAUUUGCGCUACAUCAGAGUUGAUAUACCACCAUGGUUUUCAGCAGUGUCCAUAGCAUUGAACUCAGAUGUAGACCUUGAUGUUUCAAGAGUUGAAAGAAUUCCAAAAAGUUCACUGCCAAUCAUAUGCUUUAGAGAUGGCAGCCCUCCUCUGCCAGAUGCUUUAAACACAUCUCUGAAGGAUUCAGCUGUCACAGGAAUAAAUGGUCUUGACAUCGAGCAGUGCUUUCCUAUGGAGAAAAAUAUCACUAUGAAAUUGACAAACGAACAGAUCUAUGAUGACAUAGUUGUAUCUGCGUUAAUAUCUCCAGGUGCUUGGUAUAUCGGCCUUUUCAAUGGCAUUGGAGCUGCAAGAACACAAUCGAAGAUGAUUAUCCGAGGCUCAGCAUACUCCUUCAGUGCCAACAUAAGUGUGGAAGCAUGCUCAAAUUCAAUGAUGAAAGGGGAGUUAUGUAACAGUACAGUCUAUCCACUUUCAUGCACAGUAUCUGAUGUCUAUAAUUCAGUGAAGGCUACAGUGAAGAAUCCAAUGAUGGAAAAUGUGAUGACCUGCAAAAGUAACCUAGAUACAUUUUGUGCUCAGGAAGGUGUACCAGAACUUUACUCCUUGGAUGUAACAAAUAUGGCAGAAGAGUUGACCAUUAUGGUGGCAAAUGUUAAAUUCAAUACUACAGCUUCAAAUAACACUUCUAGUGCAAAUGAUGCCAGUUUAAUGUGUUUUGUUCGCCAUGGUGCAAUUCCUUCAGAGACUUUGCAUGAUUUUUCCAGUGAUUUAAACAAGGCCGCUCUGAUUAUCCGUUAUCCACAGAUUGGACGUUUGUACAUUAGUAUAGUACCAGUUAAUGUUUCAAAAAAGUUUGGAGUGACUCCGUAUGGCAAUUUAAAAGUUUGCUACUCCAUGGAAUCACAAGUACUUCAGUGCGCACUUGGGAAAGCAGGGCCAAAUUGCACAAUGGACAGAUACACACUUCAGACUGUUCUAAGGAGAGGGGGUCCAAUCCCCUUUGAAUCAUAUUUUUUACCUGUGGCUGAUGGUGUAAAAGCAUCUGCUGCCAACUUUCCUCUUGAGCCACUUUUAACCACGUCAUCACACUCAGGAAAAACUGAUGACAUUUGGACUUAUUUUACUUUGGACAUUCCCCGUGGUGCAGCUGGACGGAAUAUUCACAUACGAUUAUCGGCAGAUGUCAAGAUCAGUUAUGAAGUUUAUGCUAGAUUUGGUGGAUUGCCUUCUCGUGAUAACUGGGACUAUUAUUAUGCUAACAGGACAAGGAAGAGUGAACAGUCCAUGUUUUUCAUGCUAUAUGAUUCAAGUGAUGACAAAAUUGAUUUUUACAUUAUUUAUGCUAGAGAAGGAACUUGGGGUUUAGGUCUAAGACAUCUUUAUACCAGCAGUGAUUCUAUGAAAGCACAAACAGUCAUGUCCAUUUCACUUGAAGGAUGCCCAAAACAGUGCUCCUCUAAUGGAGACUGUAAAUAUUCUUUUGAUGCCAGUGGAUUGACAUCAUUCAGUUUCUGCUCCUGUGAUCGAAACCAUGGUGGCUUUGACUGUAGCAUUGAAAUUGUAUCACAUAAAGGGCAUAUACUGCAAUCCAUUUUUCUCAUUGGAUCAAAUGCUGCAGCCAUACUUCCUGCGUAUUGGUCCCUUAGGGAAAAGGCAUUUGCAGAAUGGGUUUUAUUCACAUGCAGUGGAAUUGCUAGUGGGAUAUAUCACGCAUGUGAUGUUGGCACCUGGAUUCUCAUUCUUCAGUGGAUGAUUUAUGCUGUGAAUUCCCAGGCCUUGGGUUUCAUGGAUUUCUGGCUCUCUUUCAUGGCUGUGGUUAGCACUUUUGUAUACCUAGCAACCAUUGAUGAAGUAUAUAAGAGGGCAAUCCACACAAUCGUUGCUAUCCUCACCGCCCUCUUGGCUUCAACUAAGGCAACUAGGUCUUCCAAUAUUGUUCUUGUCAUUGUGAUAGGGGCUCUUGGUCUUCUUAUUGCAUGGUUGAUAGAAAUCUCAAAAAGAUAUAGGUCCCUCUCCUUUUCAUUUGGAUUAUCACUGAGUUUCCUUCAAAGGGCUGAUAGAAUCAUGAUCUGGCUCAUGCAAACUAUGAAGCAAUGGUUCUGUAAUUUGGUGAAGACGCUUUUGAGACGGUUUCGCUGGGGUUUUCUGGUGGUUGGUUUCAUUACAUUGGCCAUGGCAGGAUUAAGCUGGACGCUUGAAACCAGUUCAAACUACUGGCUUUGGCAUAGCUUUUGGCACAUUACAAUAUACACAUCUUCUUUCUUCUUCCUUUGCUCAAAAGCAAACAUUGCUGAUGCUGAAAUUUCACCACCUUCAAGUGGAAACUAUGCACUGACUCGUCAGGAUUCAUUUCCAAGAGUUGGAUUAGAAGAACAUAUGUGA